UGACCUGGCGAUGCUACAUGUCUUCCAGGUGAGAUCAGCGAGGUUGGGUAGCAUAGUAUCACGUGAUUGCAAUACGCCGUGAACCUUCACGCUAGUGAUUGUCAAGGUCCCAAGAUUUAUUUCUCGCGACUCAAGCUUCCAGGCGCAUCAACAUUUACCAGAGAAAAGGCAAGACAAAAUAAACAUCUUCAGACGCCAUAAUGCCUGUCGUCAAAGGUGGAGUUUGGACUAACAUUGAAGAUGAAAUUCUAAAAGCAAGUGUUUCGAAGUAUGGGUUGAAUCAAUGGGCUCGGGUUUCCUCACUUCUCGCAAGAAAGACACCGAAGCAAUGUAAAGCAAGAUGGAGCGAAUGGUUGGAUCCAGGAAUUCGUAAAAUUGAAUGGAGCAAGGAAGAGGAUGAAAAAUUGUUACAUUUGGCAAAAUUGAUGCCAACACAAUGGCGAACUAUUGCUCCUAUCGUUGGACGAACAGCUACUCAGUGCCUCGAAAGAUAUCAGAAAUUACUCGAUGAAGCGGAACAAAAAGAAGCUGGAGAGCUUGGACUUGGUGGACCCGAUGGCGGAGAGACCAAAGCACCAUCUGCGGAUGAUGUACGAAGAUUGCGACCCGGAGAAGUCGAUCCAGAUCCGGAAUCGAAACCUGCGAGACCAGAUACUGUCGAUUUAGAUGAGGACGAAAAGGAAAUGUUGAGCGAAGCUCGUGCUCGUUUGGCAAAUACACAGGGUAAAAAGGCGAAGAGGAAAGCUCGUGAACGUCAAUUGGAAGAGUCGAGGAGGUUGGCCGUGUUACAAAAGCGCAGAGAGCUUAAAAAUGCCGGCAUUAAUAUCAAGGUUGUAAAUCGAAAGAAGGGAAUGAUGGACUACAAUGCCGACAUACCUUUCGAAAAAGCGCCCGCUCCUGGAUUUUAUGAUACUGGUGAUGAAUCCAUACAAAAUGAAAAGCAGAGAGCAGCUUUCGACCCACGAAAACAACAACUUGCGAUCAAGCGCAAAGGCGACCAAGAUGAUAAUCAGGACCCAAAACGACAAAAGAGUGACAAAAAUGCGCCAUCAGCAUCAUAUCAAGCAGCCAUAAAAGCUGGUCAAAUGCAGAAGAUUCGAGAGGCAGAGCAAAGUAGUAAGAGGCGGGCUCUAGUGUUGCCAGCACCUCAGGUUGGUGAAGGGGAGCUUGAAGAAAUUGUAAAAAUGGGUAUGAUAGGAGAGAGGGCAAACAUAAUGGCGAGGUCGAGCGAGAAUGAUGCAACAAGAGGGCUUGUGAAUACUUACUCUACUAUCAAUAGUGGAGCUCCGAUUCGAACCCCGCGAGCUCCAGCACAGGAGGAUCACAUCGCCAACGAAAUCCGAAAUAUUAGAGCUCUGACUGAGACGCAAUCAUCACUCCUAGGAGGAGAAAAUACACCCCUACACGAAGGUCCUGGUAGCACAGGGUUUGAUGGGGUUACUCCUCGAAGGCAACAAAUGGAAACACCUAAUCCUAUGGCAACCCCUUUCCGUGCAAAUGGUAUUGGUGCAACUCCCGCGAGAAAUGGUGUAGGAGCCACGCCAAUGCGAACUCCUCGAGAUACUUUUGCAUUAAAUGCAGAUGGCGAGAUGGAGUUGGUUGGAAGGACACCUCAAGAUAUCAAAUUAAGGGAUAUGACACUUAAAAAUUCAUUGAGAGCUGGUUUAGCGUCUUUGCCAAAGCCAAAGGAUACCGAAUGGGAGUUAGAACUACCUGAAGAGCAACAAGAAAACUUUGGUAUCCAAGAAUUAUCCGAGGAAGAUGCAGAGCUAAGGGACAGGCGGAAUCGCCAAAUUCGAGAAGCUCAAGAACAGUUAGAAUUCAGAAGACGGACACAAGUCUUACAAAAGGGGUUACCUCGUCCAUCGGUCAUUGAUAUCAACGCAUUAAUGAAAACUGUGGCGAAUAUUGAAGAUACGAUUGAAGGUUCUAUUCAAAGAGAAGCAGCUUUAUUGAUUGCAAAUGACGCUCUCAAGUAUCCCACGCCUGGAGCUAAAGUCAAGGGUACCUCACAAGCUAUUGAAGUGUUCGAGGAUGAUGCACUUUCGCAAGCACGAUUACAGCUACUGAUGGAAGUUCCUAAAGAUUUAGUAGAGCAAGGAUCGGAUGCUUUUAGAGCGGCAUGGGAUAACGCCCAUAAAUCCUCAUUAUUACCUGGAUUAAGCGGAUACGAUUCCGAUGACGAGAUUGAUGAGCAUCAAAUGCUUCUAGAUGCUUUUGAUGUAAGCACCGUUUCCUAAAUGCGUUCCCUCAAUCACUAACCAAUCCCCAGAAUAUUCAAGAAUCAAUCGUAGCCGCCGCUGAAAAAGGUAACAAAUCCGAAAAGAAACUCGCCCUCCAUCUAGGCGGUUAUCAGCAAAGAGCCAAAGUGUUACGCCAAAAAAUCGGCGAAGCGGCUGAUGCUCUAUCGAAAGCUACUUAUUCUUUAGAUGCCUUUAAAACGUUACAGAUCUCGGAGGAUGUAGCCAUAUCGAGGAGAUUGGAAGAUUUAAGGGAGAGAGUGGGAUUUGUUUCCAAGCGUGAGAGAGAAGCCCAAGAGCUAUACAAACAAAGGAAAGAGGAGUUGACUGACUUGACUGAUGGCUUAAAUGGGUUUCAUUGAGGCCUAGGCUGAAAAUGAGAAAUUUGUAUUAUAUGGAGACAUUGUCUUUAAUGAACGACAUGGACAUGAAUAAUUUAAGAUUACAGUUUAGGCUUAGAAAAUUUGAAGCCGAGUAUAAGUAUAGCGAGCAAGCCAAGGCAUAUAAAUGCAAUCAA